AUGAUCAAUAUCAUCUCCAGUAUCGUGGCCCGGGAUAACAACAACAAUAACAACGAUGGUCUCUCUACUCCCAUGGUCGAUCUCCUCAUCGCCCUCCUGGUGCUGAUCUUGAUCGCACUCGCUCUGGUUGGUGGACUGCUCCUCAUCCGCCGCAAACGCCAGGUUCAGAAACAAUCCCUCCUCCCCGUUCACCAUGGUCAAGUCCCAUCGCACCACCGUGGCUUAACUAUCACCACCAACAAGAAGGACUCUGUACUUGUGUAUGACGAAAAACGAAGCCUGAUGGCGAACUCCGACAGUCCCCCAACCAGCCCGGUUCCCGAGAUUCGCAUUACUUUCCCUGAAGAAGAAGACGCGUCUGGCAAGCGGCAGUCUGGCCGGAUGGUUGUCGUCCGCAUCAGUGACGCUGGCAGCAUCGGUCUUGAACCGUGUCAUGAGGAUCUGCCUCCGUACCAAUCUACCGAUAGCGGUCGCUUCCAGUCCCUCGAUCUCGAGCGUAUGGGUGGAUUGAAGGAGAAGGGGGAUCAUUACUCGUAG